CCGGGGGCUCCCCGCCGCCAGAGCCGCAGCGCCGAGGCCGAGCGGGCCGCGGCGGGCAGCCGACCCCCGCACCCGGCGCGGGGCAAGCGGCCGCGGUGAGGCGCCGAGGGCGGCGCGGGCGCAGCGGCCAUGGGGGCCCUGACCAGCCGGCAGCACGCGGGCGUCGAGGAGGUGGACAUCCCGUCCAAUUCCGUGUACCGCUACCCGCCCAAGUCCGGAAGCUACUUCGCCAGCCACUUCAUCAUGGGAGGGGAGAAGUUUGACUCGACUCACCCUGAAGGCUACCUGUUUGGAGAGAACAGCGAUCUGAACUUUCUGGGGAACAGACCCGUGGCGCUCAGACCUGCACACCCAGAUGUCCACACGGGGAAAGGGAGUGAAAGCAUCUGGAGGAUGGCAGAUAAUCACAAGCCUCUGAUGACCCCAAAGAGCCCUUGGCUCCCAUUUAAAAAACAACAACAAAAAAACCCUCUGCUUUCUGUGAUCAGCUGCAGAGGAAACUUGUUCUCCACUGUUUGCAGGCGUCUGCUCUGCACACAUGAUCAGGUCUGCUGGUGUUUGCAGUUCCUAAAUUCCUCCGACGCCAUGUGGCUUCGCCGAAGGAAAAGCCCGGCGGGUCCGGCUGCCCCGUGGUGUAAGUUUCCUUACGCGGCUCCUCCUCCCCAAGAACCAGUGAAGACGCUGAGAAGCCUGAUCAACAUCCGGAAGGACACCCUGAGGCUCGUCAAGUGUGCCGAGGAAGUGAAGGCCCCGGGCGAUGAGGCCGGCAGAGCCAGAGUCCACUACAAUGUGGAGUUCACCUUUGACACCGACGCUCGGGUGGCCAUCACCAUCUAUUAUCAGGCCACCGAAGAAUUCCAGAGCGGCAUUGCCAGCUACAUUCCCAAAGACAGCAGCCUGCAGUCGGAGACGGUGCACUACAAGCGUGGGGUGUGCCAGCAGUUCUGCCUGCCCUCCCACACCGUGGACCCCUCCGAGUGGGCCGAGGAGGAGCUCAGCUUCGACCUGGACAGAGAGGUUUACCCGUUGGUGGUCCAUGCCGUGGUGGACGAAGGAGACGAGUAUUUUGGCCACUGCCAUGUCCUGCUGGGCACUUUUGAAAAGCACACGGACGGGACUUUCUGCGUCAAGCCCCUCAAGCAGAAACAAGUCGUGGACGGGGUCAGCUACCUCCUUCAGGAGAUCUACGGGAUUGAAAACAAGUACAACACGCAGGAGUCGAAGGUGGCUGAGGAUGAAGUGAGCGACAACAGCGCCGAGUGCGUGGUGUGCCUCUCCGACGUGCGGGACACCCUGAUCCUGCCCUGCCGCCACCUCUGCCUGUGUAACACCUGCGCAGACACCCUGCGCUACCAGGCCAACAACUGCCCCAUCUGCCGACUGCCCUUCCGGGCACUGCUGCAGAUCCGAGCCAUGAGGAAGAAGCUGGGCCCCUUGUCCCCAACCAGCUUUAACCCCAUCAUCUCCUCCCAGACAUCUGACUCAGAAGAGCACUCAUCCUCAGAGAACAUUCCACCAGGUUAUGAAGUGGUGUCUCUCCUGGAGGCCCUCAAUGGGCCCCUCGCCCCGUCCCCAGCGGGGCCCCCGCUCCACGUGCUUGGAGACGGCCACCUCUCAGGAAUGCUGCCUUCCUACGGCAGUGACGGCCACCUGCCUCCCGUGCGGACGCUGUCCCCCCUCGACCGCCUGUCCGACUGCGGCAGCCAGGGACUCAAGCUCAAAAAGUCUCUCUCCAAGUCCAUCUCCCAAAAUUCUUCUGUGUUGCACGAAGAGGAAGACGAGCGUUCUUGCAGCGAAUCGGAGACGCAGCUGUCCCAGCGGCUGUCAGCCCCGCAUCUCGGGGAGGAAUGUGACGGCACCCCAGAAAGUGAGAACCUGACCAUGUCAUCGUCAGGCGCUGUCGACCAGUCGUCCUGCACAGGGACGCCUCUGUCGUCCACAAUUUCCUCCCCAGAAGACCCAGCCAGCAGCAGUCUGGCCCAGUCGGUCAUGUCCAUGGUGUCCUCCCAGAGCCAGCACUCGCAGGUCAGCACCGACACCGUCUCCUCCAUGUCCGGCUCCUACAUCGCGCCUGGCACCGAAGAGGAGGGGGAGGCCCUGCCCUCCCCCCAGGCCGCCAGCCGGGCCCCCUCAGAAGAGGAAGAGGUGACCCCAGCAGCAUCUCCAGACUACAACUUCGUGGGCCUGGCCGCCGAAGAGCAGGAUGCAGAGGGAAACGACCUUCUAGAAGAAGAGGACGGAUCCCCGACUCAAGAAGAUGGCCUCGCUUAUAUCUUCAUCGGAAGAGGCCAGAGGACGUGCGCGUUUCUAGGUACGGAGUGUGACAAUAACAAUGACUUUGGCGUCGCCAGCGUGAAAGCACUGGACAAUGAGCGGUGCUCUGAGGCCUGCUUACCCGGUGCCUGGCAGGCUGAUGACAACGUGGUCAGUCGUCGGAACACACCGCGCCGGCGCCUGUCGUCUGGCAGCCUGGAGGACCCCGAGAGCAGGCCCUGCGUGUGGGGCCCUCUGGCCGUCUGAGAGCCCCAGCCCCGCACAGGGCUCCCCCACAGUCCUCGCUGCACCGCUGACCUCCUGGGCCUCCUCGGCAAGACGCACGGGGACGUUAUAGACCCACAGGAAAGCUGGGCCCUGAGGGCACCUGCUCCUUCUCCCAGCUUCAUCUUCUUCCCUGACCGUGACUCUUCCCCGCUCAGAAGGGACCAGAAGCCUCCUUCCUCCUUGCGGGCUAAAGACCCUCAACAAGCGGCAGCCCAAGAGAGCCUCUGCAGACUGACUCUGGAAUGUUCCCACCGCACCUUGAUCUUCAGGAGGAGCCGAGGUGCGCGGACUGGUUGUUUCCUGUGCAUCCUCACCGGGCAGACCAAGAAGGCUCGGAGUUUGGGGGCUUCAUUACAAACAUCCAUCCGGUAUUUUCUGAUCUCGGGGACAUCAUGACCAAUCUGAGACCUCCAGCUUGGGGCGGGGUGGGGGCUUGAUUCCUGGGAGAAGGGAAAGCCGUAUUGCACUGUAAGCGGCAUUUCUCUCGAAAAGCAUUAGGAGCGCCUUUCUCAAGGACAAGAAACAGGAGCAACCCCCCCAGAGGGUGGUGGGGAAAACAGCUCUUGCCUCUAGUGGCAGAGCCUGUGCCUCAUGGGUCCGCCUGCUUAGGAAGGAGGCCUUGACCCUGCGAAUCCCCCAGUUAAAUGAUGACCUUCCAGAGGUGCGCUCAUGAGGGCCAGGGGCUCCAUCCUAAGGUGACAUUGCAGCAACACUUUUUGACCCCUCUGUGUGCCAGGCACAUGUUAGGAGCUGUCACAUCUUACAUUUCAUGGCUCCCGCCCUGUCACCCUGUCGGGUGGUAUUCUUACCCCUGCUGUCUCCAUCCCCACCCCGUUUUCUUAAAAAGUUGAGGAAAUAGGCUGAGAGAAGGGCGGACUGGUGAUUGUCAUCUGGUGCCCAGGAGCCCAAAGGAAGCUGGGGUCAGCGGUGGCCUGGGAACCUCCCCACCCCACCUGUCUUCCUCCCCUGCCCUCUGGAUCUGCUGAGCCUAACAGGGUCGGGGGGCCGGGGGUGGGCGGGUACUGCCUUCCAUAGGCUCAUUAGAGAUUUAGAGAUGGGGUCAUUCAAAUCACGGGCCCACCCCUCCUCGGCCCAGUGUAGGGCAGGUAAACAGCCCGAAACGGGAAAUAACAGGCCAGAAGCUGCGGGGUGUCAUCCUCUCCCAACACGGGUGUCGUCAGUGGAUCCCUCACAGCUCUCGACUAGACACGGUGUCUGCCGGCCUUUGGAAGGGGCGAUGGUUUCACGCCAGGAGGGGAAGCCAAGUUGGAUCCCAGAGUUUGUGAGGCUGAGCCCCAGGCCGUCUUAGUAGCUGGACUUGACGCCCUAGCAGAGCUUCCCAGGGUCCUUUCCAAGGCCUCAGAGAGAGCCCAGUGCCUGGCGGUCCUCCCGUGUGGCUUCUCUGCACCACCAGGCCGGCAGUGAUCCUUUGGCUGCCUUGUGGCUUGCGGUUCACGUCCUGCCCUGAGGGGUGGCGAGGCCUGUUGUCCUGACAGACACUACAUGAGCCAAGCUUCUGUCCUGAGUUCCCGUGUCCACCCUUUCUGAAGUCCUGCAGUGGACUCUGCUGUUUCAGACCGCACUUUGUGUCUUUAGGUCUUUUUUUUUUUUUUUUUUUUUUUUUUUU